CCGGCGGCUACCGCCAGAGGCCGCUGUGGCAUGCGCCCCUCUCGCUUCCUUGGGCCCUUCCCGCUGCCGCACUCUUGUCCAAGAUGGCGACCGCGGCGCUGCUUCGAGGCGCCGCUCCGGGGCGCGGCGGCCCGGCUUGGCGCUGGCGGCUGCGCGCGGCCCCAAGGUGCCGCUUGGCCCACAGCUCCUGCAGUCCUGGUGGCGACCCAACGGCUGGAGCGGCCUGGGCCUGCUUCCGGCUGGACGGGCGCACCCUACUGCGCGUGCGCGGCCCUGACGCGGCGCCCUUCCUGCUAGGGCUGCUGACCAAUGAACUGCCGCUUCCGGGUCCCGCGGCCGGGGGGGCCCCGCCUUAUGCGCGCGCGGGCUACGCCCACUUCCUGAACGUGCAGGGCCGGACGCUCUAUGACGUCAUUCUGUACGGGCUCCAGGAACACUCGGAGGAGGUGUCUGUCUUCCUCCUGGAGUGUGACAGGUCCGUGCAGGGCGCGCUGCAGAAGCACCUCGCGCUGUACAGGAUCCGGCGGAAGGUCACGGUGGAGCCGCACCCGGAGCUGCGAGUGUGGGCGGUGUUGCCCAGUUCCCCUGAGGCCUGCGGGGCUGCAUCGCUGCAGGAGAAGGCAGGGGCUGCCGCCAUCCUCAUCCGCGACCCGCGAACAGCACGCAUGGGGUGGCGGCUCCUCACUCAGGAUGAAGGCCCAGCCCUGGUGCCCGGGGGCCGGCUCGGGGACCUGUGGGAUUAUCACCAGCACCGAUACCUGCAAGGCGUUCCUGAGGGGGUCCGAGACUUGCCUCCUGGGGUGGCCUUGCCCCUGGAGUCCAACCUGGCCUUCAUGAACGGCGUGAGCUUCACCAAAGGCUGCUAUAUUGGCCAGGAGCUGACGGCCCGCACCCACCACAUGGGCGUCAUCCGCAAGCGCCUCUUCCCUGUCCGGUUCUUGGACCCCCUUCCCACCAGUGGCAUCACCCCUGGUGCCACGGUGCUGACUGCGUCAGGACAGACCGUGGGCAAGUUCAGGGCCGGCCAGGGCAACGUGGGGCUGGCCCUGCUGUGGUCAGAGAAGAUCAAGGGUCCUCUGCACAUCAGAGCCUCUGAGGGUGCUCAGGUGGCCUUAGCUGCAUCUGUGCCAGACUGGUGGCCUACGGUCUCCAAGUAGCCCAAAGCCUUGGCUGACGCAGGCUGAUGGGGAGGCUGGGGCCUGGGGCCUUUGGCCUCUGUCCAGGGUCUUCCCGUCCCAUCUGUCUGCUGUGCCUACUGGGUGGGAGCCCUGGUUCCCAUCUGGGAAAGUCCCCCUUGUAGGUGCCCUGCGUGGCCCCACCCAUGCUCAGGGGCCCCAGGCACGUGGUUUGUUUUCUCCCUGGGCUUCCUGUGGCCCCAGAGGAGCUCACCGUGUGAGUGCUGGGCUCCAGAUGGCGCCGGGCCCAAUCGUGGCUCCACACAGGGUUGUCUGGGAGGACGGGACGGUGUCUUUGGCCAGCACUGGCAGCUUCCGGGCCUUGUACCCCACUCUGCCCAGCAUGAGCCUCAUGGGGGGUUGGUGCCUGUGCCUGGAAGCUGGGCGGUGUCCAGGGUCUGCGGGCUGGGGCUUUGGGAGUUGUUUCACUGUGCUUGCUUCCAGCAUGUCUCAGGGUGGGGCUAUACGUGGUCUAGAGGGGCCUGGGGCAUUGGAUCAGGCAUGUGGGUGUCUGCACAUCGAGGAGCACACAGGGAUGAGCCACUAGGUAUCCCAUGUUGGAGGCUUGUGGAAGGCUGUGCCCAUCUCCCAUGUUUCCCCACCUCUGUUCCUUCUCAGAGCCCACCAGGAGCGUGGGGUGGGGGCCAGCGCAGGGCUCAGGAGCCAGCAGGGCAGAGUUCUGCGUGUGUGUGCUGGGUUUCGGCAUAGCCUGUGUUUGCAGUGAGAGUGACUUGCUGUCAGUUGUGGGGCGCAGCCUCCUGUUCACCCACUGGCUUUCCCCUUCCCACUGAAGUGUGAGCUCCAUGUUUCAGGGCAUCUAUUAAAGAGUGAGCCACAGGCAGCCCCUUGGGAGCUCUGGUUUCAUUUGGGGGAGAGGGAGGUGGGGGCUUAGUUUUUGUGAUCUGGCUGACUGGACCCCAGGAACAGCUCUCCUUUGAGAAUGCCCAGAUCUACCAGAUGAAGCACUUGGCAUGGCUGCAGGCCAGCAGGGGAGGCCUCAGGAGGUCCAGGCUGGGUGCGUGGGUGCCAAGUCUGCAAAGGACAGCCCCAUGGCUGUGAGCUGUCAGCUGCAGGGGGCAGGCGUUUGGGCCACCAAGCUGGACCUUAGGGCAGCCACAGAGGACCAAGCAGGCAGGGAGCCUGUGCAGCCAUCCUGGGGGGCCAUAGGUGCUCUCUAGAAAUCUGCAGCCAUGGCGGUUUUGGGAUCAGGGGUCUAAAGGCAGCUCUGAGCUGCAGUGUCGUUUGCGAUCACCCAGGAGGAGGGUGUAGAGCGGAUGGACGGGAGGAAGCGGCUGCAACUGGAGGGAAGAGGAGGGCCGUCCAGCCCCACCCGCUGCAGUCAGCUCUCCCGUGGGCAAGGAAACAGCUAUGUGGCCCUGACCCCUGUGGUCCUGAGAGCCGGUGGCCUUCAGCUCCUCUUGGACAGGUCAUGCUCUGGAAGCCCCCAGCGCAGGAUGGAUUCCAGACCAGCAUCCAUGCCACCUUUUCAGCCCCACCGGCUGCUGCUUUAAACUGGCAUGGAGACAUUUGAUCAGCUUCCCAGUCAGUUUUCUCUCCAGCUCAGCCAGGAGUGGGUGCCUGUGGCCUGUGUCACCAAGAGCUGGAGCUGGUGCCUCGUGCAUGAGGGGCAUGCACCCCUGGAAUGAGGGUCUGUGCCUCGAGCUCAAAGUGUCCCGGCUCCCUCAUCUGCCUGAAGUUGCCUGGCAUUUCCAGCAGGGCCUCCUUGAGUGCUGCAGCAUCUGAGAGCAUCCUAGCCUGUCCCGUGGGUGUGGCUGGGUGAGGGCUGGGGGGUGAGCCAGGAAAGAAGCACUCCACUCCAGAGUGAGGUGCCGCCUGAGCCAUCCUGUGCCCCCUCAGUGUCUUCAGGUCUCUGCAGGUGUCAGGAUCUCAAAAUACUUGGUUCAGAUCAAACACAUUCCAUGUUCUUCUGUGUCCUUUUUUUUUUUUUUUGAGUUGGAGUCUUGCUCUGUUGUCCAGGCUGGAGUGCAGUGGCGGAAUCUCUGCUCACUGCAACCUCCGCCUCCCAGGUUCCAGUGAUUUUCCUGCCUCAGCCUCCUGGGUAGCUGGGACUACAGGCACAUGCCCCAUGCCCGGCUAAUUUUUGUACUUUUAGUAGAGAUGGGGUUUUACCAUGUUGGCCAGGAUGGUCUCGAUUACAGGCAUGAGCCACUGUGCCCAGCUUCUUCUGUGUCUUUAAAAAGGAAAGUGUCAGUCAACAAAAGAGCCCCUCUGUCAUACAAACCAAAUCAGUUUUCACCAAAAUGUCCUUAGUCCUCUCAGAAAGGCCUGGCCUGUAAGACCUUGGAAGCAGGCCCUAAAGCGCAUCAGCAGGGUCAGAGCUCUGUGUUCAGGAACACUGGGAUCUGCUGAGAGCUGGUGUAGCCGCUCCAAAACUGCACACUGCUCUUCCUGUCUGCUUUCGUUUGUGUUGUAAAAACAAAGAAGUUCAUGUGUGUGUAUGUGUGUGUGAAUUCAAGGCAUAAGGUGUAGUUGUGUUAUGUGGGUAUAGUGCAGGGUGGUGCAGUCUGGGCUUGUUACCCUCACCCCUCCUGCCUCCCCUCAUGAGUCCCCCACAUCCACCUUCCACUUUCUGAGCCCACAUUGCCUGUUGGGCAGCUCUUGCUUAUGAGGCAGGACAUGUGGUGUUUGACUCUCUGUUUCUGACUUGUUUUACUUAACACAGUGUAUGGUGCAUCUUUAGGAAAGCAUGCUUAUAUUUUCCUUUCAAAGCCAGAUACGGGCGGGUAUGGUGGCUCAUGCCUGUGAUCCCAGCACUUUGGGAGGCCGAGGCAGGAGGAUUGCUUGAGCCCAGGAGUUUGAGAGCCGCCUGGGCAACAUAUCAAGACUCCGUCUCUAAAAAAAAAAAAAAAAAAAAAAAAUUAGCCAGGCAUGGUGGUCCACACCUGUGGUCCCACUUAUUUGGGAGGCUGAAGUGUGAGGAUCACUUGAGCCCAGGAGGUUGAGGCUGCAGUGAGCUGUGAUUGUGUCACUGCACUCCAGCCUGGGCAACAGAGCAAGGCCCUUAAGAAAGAAUAAAAAGGAAGAGAAGUUGGAGUUGGUAGUAUUUCCAGAGCCCGGCAGACAGCAUAGAAACUGUGAGAAACCCACCUCCAAAUCAGGCCUUAGAUAGAAAACAUCCUAAGAAGUAUACGUUCAUUGUAAAAUCAUCAUCGUCAUCAUCAUCUAAUCCCCAAGGAGACAAGCUCCCUGUUCUGUGUUCUUGUAUGAGACAGUCAGUGAAGUGCAGUGCGAGAGGAGAGGCAGGAGCCUGGGAGAGCCUCUGCCAAACCUUUCCUGGCACUUCCCCAGGAAAGGCAAGGCAGGACAGGUGUGCGGCCGGCCAGCUGGAGUGAUUUCCAUGGCCUCCAAGCUGUAGGAAUGGUCCCUGGCUGCCAGAGUGCUCUGGCCAGAUAGAGGUGGGCUCUGGACUGAUGAGGCUGCAUCGCAGAAGCGUGCACACCCAGCUGGGCCCUUGUCUGUAAGGAUUGGCUGGCCUGGGAGGGGCAGUCUCCCAGCCAGAAGGUGGAUUUUUUUUUUUUUUUUUUUUUGAGAUAUCAAAACAUCCUAAGGUACAGGAAAGAAAUUGUAAACACACACACGCAGUACCAUAAACAAAGCCCAGCAGAAAGACAGAAGCACACACACCAGUGUUCUGAUCCUAGAGUAAGCAGACCCAUCACGUGGAAUGAGGAUGUUUAAUAUAUUUAAAGAAAACAAUUUAUGCACAGGAAGCAAGAGACUAUAAAAAUGACCAAGCAGAUUUUAAAAAGAGAACUUGUUGAAAUAAAAAUAGAAUAUUCUAAAAAAGAAUCCAUGAUGUGUUUCCUGAAGAAUUGGGAACUGUUUGAAGAAAUGACUCCAAAGUGCAGCACGGAAAGACAGAGCUGGAAAAUAUGAGAUGGGAUGAGACAAGAAGACGGAGAGUUUAGUAUGGCAUCCGCAAUAAUUCCAGAAGGAGGGGAAAGAGAAUAUGGGGUGGAGGCAAGUAUUCAGAGAAAUGCGGCUGAGAACUUUCCCGAACCGACAGGAGCCCUUGCUCCUUAGGUUCAGGAAUCCAGCGGCUCCCAAGCAGUAUAGUUAAAAAGCUCUACCCAAACAGUCACAUCUUGGUGAAAGCACAGAAUCUCAUGACAAAGAGAUCUUAAAAGAAGGCAGAAAAGAAAGAGAUUAUCUGGAAGGAAAAAAAUAAGUGGUUGAUUAAAAGCAAGAGUGGAAGCCAGAAAGAAAGUAAAUAAUAUCUUCAAAGUCCUGGGAGAAAAUAGUGAUAGCCUAGAAAUAGUGUACCCAGGAAAUCCAUCUUUCAAGAAUGAGGGGCCAGGCGCAGUGGCUCACGUCUGUAUUCCCAGCACUUUGGGAGGCCAAGGCAGGUGGAUCACCUGAGGUCAGGAGUUCAAGACCAGCCUGGCCAACAUGGUGAAACCCUGUCUCUACUAAAAAUACAAAAAUUAGCUGGGUGUGGUGGCAUAUGCCUGUAAUCCCAGCUACUCGGGAGGCUGAGGCAGGAGAAUCACUUGAACCCAGGAGGCAGAGGUUGCAGUGAGACAAGAUUGUGCCAUUGCACUCCAGCCUGGGCAAUAGAAUGAGACUCUGUUUCAAAAAAGAAAAAAAAAAAGAGGGCUAAAGGCAUUUUCAUACCAGGAAACUGCCCUUGCUCCCGAGUUUGCUGCCAGCAGAGCCUAGAGCGUCUAAGGCAUGUCUGGGCUUCUGGUAAGGGAUCCUGUGGGGAAGCUGGAGAUGGAAGAAGGAAUGAAUAGGCAGGGAGGUGGAUUUGUGGGCAUGUCUAAAACACCACAUCUAGAAGCUUCUACUUAGAAUGCCUACUUUUGGAGUUUAUAAAAAAGAUGCCACAUGUGAGUUGGGAGAGAGGUGCCCAAACCUACAGUGUUCUAAAGUCCCCCUACUGGUCGGAAGGAGGGCAUGGACACUGACUUCAGCCUCUGUUACAAGGCUUAUCACAGUUUUCAGAUAAUCUCUAAAAGAAUGGAAAUAUAUCUUCCAAACUAUAGAGGGAAGACCAUGGAAUUUAAAAGCCAAGGAGAAAUGAACAAACUCAAAAUCGUACUUGGGAGUUUUUGGGUUUUUUUUUUUUUUUUUUUUUUUUGGAGACAGGGUCUCACUCUUGUCCAGGCUGGAGUGGAGUGGCAUAAACACAGCUCACUACAGCCUCAACCUCCUUGGCUCAGAUGAUCCUCCUGCUUCAGCCUCCUGAGUAGCAGGAACUACAGGUGUGAGUCUUUUUUUUUUUUUUUUUUUUUUUUACUUUUUGUAGAGAUGGGGGUCUCACUGCAUUGCCCAGGCUGGUCUUGAAUUUCUGGGCUCAGGUGAUCUUCCCACCUCAGCCUCCUGAGUAGCUGGGACCACAGGUGCAUGCUAAUUUUUAAAAAUUUUUUGUUUUUAAAUGCUGGUCUUCAACUCCUGUCCCCAAGUAGCUGGGAUUGGGGCAUGAGGCACUGUGCCAACUUCAUGUUGAAAUUGAAUUGCCAUUCUAACAGUGUUAAGAGAUAGGGCCUGUAAGAGGUGAUUAGGCUGUGAGGGCUCCACUCUCCAAGGGUGGAGUUAAUGUUAUGAAAGGGUGAGUUCAGCCCGCUUGUGCCUCUCUUGCCCUCCAGUGUUCAAAGCACCAUCUUGGAGGUGGAAUUCCCAAAUCGGCCAGUUCCUGGAUCUUGGACUUUCCGGUCUCCAGAACUGUGAGCCAAUAAACCUCUGUUCCUUAUAAAUGAGUCAGCCUCAGGUAUUCUCUUGUAGCAGCACAAAUGGAGGCAGACACUUCCUUCACCAAUCCCAUGGGAGGCCCACUCCUGUGAGCUGCCUCCAGUUCCCCAGGCCACAGACCAUCAGGGCUCACCUGGAGCCGUCCCUGUCUCACCUGGAAGCUCUCCCACUCCUCUGGCCAGCCUGGGCAUCUCCACCCAGUAUGAGUGAUGGCGGCUGAUUCCCUUGCUUUAGGAAGCUGGGAAUAAGGAGUGUUUGCCUGUUCUCAUUCAGGGGUCUCUGUAUCUCCACACUUGCACAGGUUGUGUGUACGUACAUUUUCCUGUCUUUCUGGUUAGCCCCUGGGGUGGAGCUUUGGGCCACAGGGCAAGAAAGCUCAGUGUGGCUAAGAACUGCCAGACAUUUUCCCGGAGUGAGUGCAGCAUUUACAUUCCUACCAGAAGUGUGCCAGGUUCCUGUCAUCCUGCGUCCUCGCCAGCACUUGGUGCUGUCAGUCUUAGUUUCCAUUUAGAGAUGUAGUGUUUAAAUUUUGAACAUCUUGGGUGAACGCCUUGGUUUGGGAAAAGUCAGAAAAAGGGUCUGUCUGGCUAUGGGCCGUGCAGACCCAGGGCAGUGCUCCAUGUGCCAACCGUGGGGCAGGGAGCCCAAGCUAGGACUGUGACUGGGCUGUGGGCAUCUGACCAUCUCCAGUGUCCCUGUCUUUGAUUUCCCUGGUGAUGAUGCUAGUUUGUACGCAUCGGCAUUUGUGGGAGAAAUGAAGGAUUAAUAAAUUUUGUUUUAUGUCAGACUCUCUCACAGUGAGAAGUUCUCAGGGACAAUAAUAGCAGGGGGUCCUGCUGAAGAAAAACUGGGAGAUGGCUGAGCUCUGGUCCAUCUUUCAUUGAUUCAUUCAUUUCUUCAUUCAUUCAACCAUGUAUUGAAUGCUUACAGCCAAUGAAAAUAAAGUACACAGUAUAUUUUA